UCUCAAGCACAAAAUUCGCAAAUUGCACUAAAAUACUGAACUAAACCGUAUCACUAACGCGCUUGCGCGCUCUACGCAGUGCUUAUCAACUAAUUUAAUCUAAUCGCGCCAGUGUUAAAACAGUCCACCGGGAUCUAUAAUUUUGCGCCCCCAAUCAAGAACAGUUGUUUGUAAACGCCUUACGCGAACAGUGUGUGGUCAAAAGUUCUGCUGUAUUCUUGUAUGGUAUAAAUAAUAACUUACAAUGACAUCAACAUUGCUACCCGGUAACAUUGUUUACGGCGGUCCCAUCACCGCGCAUGAGGCCCAGGACUACCGUUCAUUGGGUCAAUAUGUUUUGGACAAGUACAAGAGCUUUGGUGACCAAGUCGUUAUGAUUGAUGCAGUCACGGGUGUGGAAUACACUGCAAAGUAUUUGUACGAGUCUACUGUAAGAAUGGCGCACAUACUUCAGAAGCUUGGUGUCAAGCACAACGAUGUGGUGGGUCUGUCCAGCGAGAAUAAUAUUAGCUUUGCUAUAGCAAUGUUUGCUGGCUUUGCUGUGGGUGCUACUGUUGCACCUUUGAAUGUAACUUACUCUGACCGCGAGGUGGACCAUGCUAUAAACCUAUCACAUCCUAAAAUCAUAUUCGCCUCAAAGAUGACAGUGGACCUGGUAGCUAAGGUAGCGAAAAGGAAUAAGUUUGUCAAGGGCAUUAUUGCGCUUAGUGGGUCAUCCAAAAACCAUCCCAAUGUGUAUUCCUUUACGGAGUUGAUGAGCAAUGACAAAUUUAAGACACCAGCUGACUUUACAUCGCCAUUAGCUAACAAAAUUGAGGAUGUGGCCUUGAUUGUUUGCUCCUCUGGUACUACUGGUCUUCCGAAAGGCGUUCAACUGACGCAGUUCAAUCUACUGGCCACACUCGACUCGCAAAUUCAACCCACAAUGAUGCCGUUGAACGAGAUUACUCUGCUGACAGUUAUACCAUGGUUCCAUGCGUUUGGCUGCUUGACGCUCAUCACAUGUGCCUGCAUGGGCACACGUUUGGUUUACUUGCCCAAGUUCGAGGAAAACCUGUUUCUGGGAGCCAUUGAGAAAUACCGCGUGAUGAUGGCAUUCAUGGUGCCACCACUUAUGGUGUUCCUAGCCAAGCAUCCCAUUGUGGACAAGUACGAUUUGUCAUCACUGAUGGUUUUGCUUUGUGGUGCAGCGCCACUUAGUCGUGAAACUGAAGAUCAGAUCAAGGAACGCAUUGGUGUGCCAUUCAUACGCCAGGGCUAUGGAUUAAGCGAGUCUACUUUGAGUGUGCUGGUGCAGAAUGACGAGUUCUGCAAGCCAGGCAGCGUCGGCGUUCUGAAAGUUGGCAUCUCUUGCAAGGUUGUUGAUCCGGAUACGGGCAAGAUAUUGGGCAAGAAUGAGCGAGGUGAACUUUGUUUCAAGGGCGAUGGCAUAAUGAAAGGCUAUAUUGGCGAUACACAGUCUACACAGACUGCUAUUAAGGAUGGCUGGCUGCACACUGGGGACAUUGGAUAUUUUGAUGACGACUUCGAGUUCUUUAUUGUGGAUCGCAUCAAGGAGCUCAUUAAAUACAAGGGCUUCCAAGUGCCACCCGCAGAGAUUGAGGCACUCUUGUUAACACAUGACGACAUAAAGGAUGUGGCCGUUAUAGGCAGGCCGGAUGAAGAGGCGGGUGAAUUGCCAAUGGCGUUUGUGGUUAAGCAGGCCAAGGUGCAGUUAACAGAAGAGGAUGUCAUCAAGUUUGUUCACGAGCGUGCUUCUCCAGCCAAGCGUCUUCGUGGUGGCGUCAUUUUCGUAGACGAAAUACCCAAGAAUCCAAGUGGCAAAAUCUUACGUCGCAUUUUACGCGACAUGCUAAAGAAACCCAAGUCCAAAUUGUAAUUGCAUUCCGCAUUAACAAUUCAGUUAAUUAUUUUGUAUACUUAAAUACCAAACCUCGUGCCACGCAUAGAGACAGGCAGAGUCUAAGAAAAUGCAAUUGUACAAAAAUAUGUUUAUACAUACGCUUUAUUAUUGCAAAACUUUGUUCUUAUCAUUUCAUUGUUUUAUAAACUACCAACUGGUUGAAUUGUGUUUUAGAUAUACGCCUAAGUGGUUUUAUUUCUAUUCAAAGUAUUUCCUUGUUUUUAAGUCUAAAUAAAAGCUAUAUCCAUACAGCUGUUGCUUACCGUUUGGUUUGUAUGACAUUAUGCAGGCUAUAGCUAAUGUCUGGAUCUUAUAUGUUAGUUAGAAUUGCCGUCUGUCUGAACUAACAAUAACAAGUUACUUAUAUAAACAACUACAUACUUGUACAAUAUAUAAGUAAGUACAAUCUCAACUGUUACGAGUAUAACAAACAUUCGUAUAAUUUUCUUAUGCUUUGGCUUCAUAUUGUUUCAG